AUGCGGGUGACAGAGUUGGUGUUUACUCUGUCGCUCUUUGCGAGCUUCAGUCUUCAAGAAAGCAUCGAGCCUCGCAAACCACACCAGCCAUCUGGCAAUGGCGAUCGUCUUCUCACAUACAAUGAAACAACGCCUUCGCCCAAGCUCCGUCCAUCCACAAUCUCUGUGCGUUGGGCAACCACUGGUGAUGAUGGGCAGUACAUCACCACCAACAACAAUUCCGACUUGGUCUUGGUAAAUGUUGCUACCAAUGAGCAAACCACUUUUCUAGCAGCUGAGAAGAAACCCAAGGGCCUGCACGACUUUUGGAUCCGACAUGACCAGGAGACGCUUUUGGUCGCUACCAAUUACACCAAGCAAUAUCGCCAUUCCUAUUUCGCAAACUACCUUCUUGUUGACGUAAAGACCGGCAAGCAGUCUCCUCUUGUAGACGACCAGAUCGGGGACAUUCAAUACGCCACCCUGGCACCUAGCGGAACCACGGUUGCCUUUGUCCGUGGUAACAAUGUCCAUCUUCGUGACGAAGCUGGCAAGAUCCAUCAGAUCACCAGCAAUGGGAGCCCCGACAUGUUCAAUGGCGUGCCUGACUGGGUAUACGAGGAAGAAAUUCUUGGUGAUCGGUCUGCUCUGUGGUAUUCCCCCGACGCAAAGUUUAUUGCCUUUUUGAGCUUCAACGAAACGGGCGUGGAAACUUUUACAAUUCCUUACUACAUGGCCGGACAAAAGGUUGCUCCACCCUACCCAAGGGAGCUGAAGCUGCGUUAUCCCAAGGUUGGAUCGACGAAUCCCAGUGUUGAACUGAACAUUUUGGACGUGGAGACAAAAAAGGUUGCCAAAGUGCCCGUCAAUGCUUUCCCCAAGGACGACGCCAUCAUUGGUGAGGUCACUUGGGUGACUGAUAAACACUCAGCACUCAUUUACCGCGUCUUCAAUCGCGUUCAAGACCGAGAGCAACUCGUCGUAGUUAACCCCCAGUCCCUGGCCACCAAGAUUGUACGAAAACGGGAUGGAACCGAUGGUUGGUUGGAUAAUUCCAUGGCCAUAUCAUAUGUGGGAAAAGUCCGGAAUUCUUGCAACAGCACCUACUAUGUGGACUUGUCUGAUGAGUCUGGAUGGGCACACAUCUAUCUUUUCCCUGUCAAUGGUGGCAAAGCUGUGCAGUUGACAUCUGGUCAAUGGGAGGUCGUGUCCAUUUUGAAGGUCGAUACAUCCAAGAAGCUCAUCUACUUUCAGUCGACAAUGCGCCACAGCACCGAGAAGCACCUGUACAGUGUGUCGUACAGCACCAAAAAGAUCACCGCCCUUGUGAAUGACAAAAUACCGGCUGUUUGGGGUGCGUCCUUUUCUUCCAAUGGAGGAUACUAUAUCUUGACGUACUCUGGCCCCGACGUCCCGUAUCAGGAGUUGUACGCUUCCAACAACACAGCCAAGCCGUUGCGUACCAUCACUUCCAAUGCCGAGUUUUACAAGCAAAUUAAGCAAUAUAACCUUCCAAACAUCACUUACUUUGAGCUCCAGCACCCGGAUGGCUUCUCGUUGAACGUGAUGCAGCAACUUCCGCCAAACUUUGACGCGAGCAAGAGGUAUCCCGCCUUGUUCACCCCAUACGGUGGUCCCGGUUCCCAAUCAGUGACCAAGAGCUUUCAGCCUCUUGGUUGGAAGGCCUAUAUUGCAUCCGAGCCUGAACUUCAAUACAUUGUUUAUACAGUCGACAACCGCGGCACGGGGAACAAGGGCCGAAAGUUCCGAUGCUCCGUUACGAAGCGUCUUGGUGAUUAUGAGGCCAAAGACCAGAUCUGGGCUGCUCAACGACUUGUCUCACGAAACAAAUUUUUAGACCCGCAGAAAGUUGGUAUCUGGGGAUGGUCUUUUGGGGGCUAUCUUACGGCCAAGGUAGUCGAAGCUGACUCUGGUACCUUUACAUUUGGUCUGAGCACCGCACCCGUAUCGGACUGGCGGUUUUAUGACUCAAUGUAUACUGAGCGAUAUAUGAAAACACCAGCUACCAACGGAGACGGAUACAACAAAUCGGCUGUUCGAAAGACUGACGGAUUCAAGAAUCUUGCUGGAACGUUUGCAUUGAUGCAUGGUACGGGUGAUGACAAUGUGCACUACCAGAAUGCAGCAACACUGGCAGACCUACUUGUGGACAAUGGAGUCUCGCCAAACAAAUUCAAGAUGAUGGCCUUCACAGACAGUGAUCACGGCAUCAGUUUCCAUGGCGCUAGUGCUUUCAUUUACAAGUUUCUAACCGGCAAGUUGUGGGAUGAAGUUCAGCGCAAGGAUAAGAGCCUGGUCCACCAGUGGGAUCGGCGCAGGACUAGGUAG